GCCGGCCGCAGGGGAGAGAGGGAGGCAGAGGCGCGCAGCUGCGGCACAUCUGGGGCACAUCUGGCCGGCGCUGCUGCAUCCCGGGGAAGCGCCCUGCGCUGGGACGGGGACCCUGCGGGUGUUUUGUUGCCCCCCUUCGGUUCCCGCGGUCCCUUGCCCUGGGUGCCCCCCAGCGCAUCCCCGCUGCUCGCCCUCCCCCAUGCUCACCAUGACCGAGGAGCACGACAAAGCCCUGGAGCCGCCCUGCAGCCCGGCGGGCACCGCCAGCUCCAUGUCCCACAUGGACUCGGACUCCGACUCGCCGCUGUCCCCCGCCGGCUCGGAGGGGCUGGGCUGCGCCCCGCCGGCCGCCGCCCCGCGCCCGCCCGCCGGCCCCAAGGGGGAGCCGGCCGAGGUGGACGAGCGCUUCCCCGCCUGCAUCCGGGACGCCGUGUCGCAGGUGCUGAAGGGGUACGACUGGAGUCUGGUGCCCAUGCCCGUGCGGGGCAAUGGAUCGCUCAAGGCCAAGCCCCACGUCAAGCGGCCCAUGAACGCCUUCAUGGUGUGGGCGCAGGCCGCCCGCAGGAAGCUGGCCGACCAGUACCCGCAUCUGCACAACGCCGAGCUCAGCAAGACCCUGGGCAAGCUCUGGCGUUUGUUAAGUGAAAAUGAGAAACGUCCCUUUGUGGAAGAAGCCGAGAGGCUCAGGGUUCAGCACAAGAAGGAUCAUCCGGAUUAUAAAUACCAGCCUCGGCGGAGGAAAAGUGUAAAAGCUGGCCAGAGCGAUUCUGAUUCGGGAGCCGAGCUCAGCCAGCAUGCAGGGAGCCAGAUCUACAAAGCAGACACAGGGCUAGGAGCAGUGGGAGAUUCUCACCAUCACAGUGAUCACACAGGGCAAACUCAUGGACCACCCACCCCUCCUACCACCCCUAAAACGGAUCUUCAUCAUGGGAGCAAGCAAGAGCUGAAACACGAGGGGCGCCGCCUAGUGGAGAGCGGCCGUCAGAACAUAGACUUCAGCAAUGUGGACAUCUCUGAACUGAGCAGCGAGGUCAUUAACAUGGAGACCUUUGACGUACGUGAGCUUGACCAGUAUUUGCCACUGAAUGGCCACUCCGCCAUGCCCGCUGACCAUGGGCAGAACUCCUCAGCAGGGUCUUACGGCCCUUCCUAUUCCCACCCAGCCAACGGCACCACUGGAGCAGCUCAAGUUUGGACUCACAAAAGCCCAUCCUCGGUGUCCCCUACUUUAAAUGAAACCAGCCAGCAGAGACCACACAUCAAAACGGAGCAACUCAGCCCAAGUCAUUACAGCGACCAAUCCCAUGGGUCUCCAACUCACUCCGACUACGGAUCCUAUAGCGCACAGUCUUGUGCCACCACAGCUUCCGCCACCACAGCGGCUGCCUCUUUCUCCAGCUCGCAGUGUGACUACACAGACCUCCAGAGUUCUAAUUACUACAAUCCUUACUCCGGGUAUCCCUCCAGCAUUUACCAGUAUCCGUAUUUCCAUUCCUCGCGGCGCCCCUACGCCACACCCAUCCUGAAUGGCUUGUCCAUCCCUCCCGCUCACAGCCCCACUGCUAACUGGGACCAGCCGGUCUACACAACCCUGACGAGGCCUUAGAGGACGGAAGGAGUCUGGGAGGUCUUCCCAAAACUAUAUGCACUAAUGAAGGAAAAACAAAGUGGAGUGCUGUGGCAAUUUCCUAAGUGCCUGCUAAGCCACUGGGAACACUCUUCAUUGUGACUGGAUGUCCGCUUGCUCCGAAAUCUCCCAACUUUUAAAAGACAGAGUUCUAUUUUUCUUUAAUGAAAACAAACCCUAUCGGAUGGAAAAUUCCUUUUGAAUAAAUGAAGGACAAAACUAUUUGACUCCUCUGUGAGGACUGAAGCGAACUAUUAGUUUUGAACAUCUGAGUGCAAAAAUGGAAAAAUGUACAAGACUUUAAGGGUCUAUUGCAAUGUGAGAUACGGACCAACCUUGGAGGCAAGAACUCACUAGGACCAAUUAAUAUAUAUACAAAAAAUUCCAGCUAUUCCAUGUAACGAUCUUGUGGGAACAUAUCCGAGUCGGCUAGGACCAACCAAUUAAAUGUCUGAGGUGUGUGUUUUAGUCAAGAGUUCUUCUAAGCAAGGUUUGGCGUAGUUAACAUUCAUUUUUGGUUUUUGGGAGCUUAAAAGUGUUUGGUGGAUUUUUUGGAAAUCUGUUUAAUAUGUAUUUAUGUUCUGUAUUUUGUCUUUUUAAUUAAUGAAGUAAUUUUUGUGUACAAAGUAGAAUUUAAAAAAAUUUAAAGAUGGGGCAGAGGGAAGCU